CUGUGGAAGGAAAGGCAGCGCAAGAGUGCAAUAAAACUGCCCGAUAGUCCAGAGCAAUAACUCAGUAUUUGGGCAAGGAAACCAAGGUGGCAGUCAGCAGUGUGUGUAAGGAGCAGCCCAUUGAGAAAGGCUGAACUGAAGAUCUAGUCACGAGUGUUCUGCAUUAAAAAAGCCCCUCUGCUGCUUCAGAAUAAGGUUUCUGGCAAAACAUCUUCAGGGGCUUCAUGAUGUUUGAGGAGAAGGAGGACGGGACAAACAACGACACAAGCCUUUCACCAAUUCAGCAGAAAAGACCUGCUUUGUCAUGGGAAUUCAAGAUCAAGAAAAAGGUGACUGUCCCCUCCCGUCUGGGCAUGCUCAGACCCUUUAUGGGUCAGUGCUGCCACCUGUGCACACCAGACAGCCUGUGCAAGAUGCGUGACCAAAACACUUUCCUUGGCUUCCACAACCUGCUGAAUGUCAGCGAGAGACAAACCAGAUAUCGAGGCUGGCUAGUUCGCAGGGUGUGCUGCGUUUUGUUUGUGAGUGGGUGCAAGGUUUACGGGAGUCCUGUUGGUGACAGGCUGGAGAGAGUCUGUCAGAGCAACAGGGUGAGGAAGGUGCUCGGAGAGUCGCAUAAAGCUCCAGAGGGGGAAGACAGCCGAGGGCAGCACAGUCUUCUCUCACCAUUCCUUCCCCUCAUUAGCACCUGCAUUUCCUCUGGCCUCUUAAGAUUCAUGUCGUGGGUGAUGCUGAAGAUGUUCUCCUGUGUGUUUGGCAGUAUUCAAGUCAACAAGAACCAUCUGCCAGCUUUACACAGAGCAGCACAAGAGGGCCCUCCCCCGGUAUAUGUGUAUGUGCGUCAAAGCGUCACUGACUGCGCUCUCAUCCCACUCCUGCUCCUCUGUCACGGCCUGAGAGUACCAUACACUGUUUGUCCUCUGCACAUUAAAAGCAGCGUCCUAAGAUCAAUCUUACAAAAAGUGGGUGUGGUCCUGCUCCCUCCUUCUGCAGCAACUGAGCUUGAAGCUGAAACGGACCCUCUCUACUCUGCUGUAAUGACCUCACUGGUACGUGAGCUGCUACAUGAGGGUCAGGCGUUAAGCAUCGGUGUGUCCGCAGAGUCUGGUCACGGUGGGCAGUGGCUGGAUCGCAUCAGGCAGCUCAUCAAAGAAGGAUCUGUCCCUGAUGUCAGUCUGGUCCCUGUGGGCAUCUCGUACGACUGUGUGACCAGGACCAACGUAAAGGUUGGCUCAGAGUCUCUGUUUAAGUGGCUGUUGGCGCUUCCCUGGAGGAGACCAGAAGGAACUGUGAUGAUCCACCUUUCCCAGCCGUUUUCUCUAAAGGAGAUGUACAAGUCGGGGCGGUGCAGAGUAGAUGGAUGGCUCCCUCUACAGGACCUGUUGCUGCCUGUUAUCCUAAACAACAGAGCUUGCAGUGUGUUUGGGAAGAGACGGAUGUCGUGGUUUCUGCCUACGCUUCAUCCUGCGCCUGAACUUGAGGACGGUCGUUCAGAGAGAGACCUCAGUGCUGCCAUCAUCCUCCACCUCGUCUUCUCGGCAGCCUCCUGCACAGCUGUGAUGUCCACCAGUCUGGUGUCCAGUCUUAUGCUCUACAAACACAGAGAGGGUGUGAGUACAUCUGUCCUGUGUCGUGAUGUGGCCUGGCUCUUGGAGGAACUUGUGUUCAGAAACAGAGAUGUUGGCUUUGGAGGAACUCUUCCAGAAAUUGUCCACUACUCGCUCUCUAUGCUCGCUCCUCACCUCAUCUUUGCUGCACCGCCGUCAUGGGGAGAGCUCCUCAUUUUGCCACGCCCAUCUUUAGCUUCCAUCUUCCACCUCUCCCUUCAGGCCAAGAUUGUGACACACGCAUUGAUACUAGAAGCCAUUGGAGCGUGUGCAGUGUCAGCCAUGCUGUGCGAGGUGGUCCUCUGCGGCGUCAGCGGCACGGUGAGGACUGACAGCGUGAAGGCAGAAGAGGUCAGAGGUGACAUGGAGUUUGACGUGGUGCUCGGUCAGUCCGAGCUGACGGAGAAAGCCUUGCAGCUCUGCCAUCUUCUUCCUCCGGGCUUCAUGCCACCCUGUCAGUCCGCUCAGAGUCUCGCUCUGGAUGCUGUCGACAGUCUGGUCCGCUGUGGGAUCCUGAUCAUGGAGGAAGCACCCCGAAAUGUUCCCGUUUGUGAUUUCUGGAAAAGGGAAGAGGCCCUGAAAUGGACCACCAGUGACGACCCUUAUUGCAGCGACUCUGAUUGUGAGGAGGAGGACUUGUGCUCAUACAAGAUAAGCCAGCCCAAGCAGUGUCCAGAAAUGCUCUUCUUCCUCUGCAGAAUGUUAGCAGGACAUUUAAGGGCAUUGUGCUGGACCACCUCGGCAUUGGACCGGAUAGACUCCCCUCUGGCAGAGGAAGAAUUUCUGUCUCUGAUGCACUCUAAUCUCUGUGAAACAGCAAAUCAGAAGAAACAGCACUAUGAGAGCUGCUCAGAGGAGGCGGCGCGCACUGCAGUUAGAACACUAAUAGACCUCGGGGUCCUUCUGCAGAUGCGUGAGACAGGAGGCAUCUUCCUUGGUGUUAGUCCUUUGUUCCAGUUGUCAGAGAACAGGCAGAAGCUGCAGUGCUUCAUCUCACAGUACCUCUACAAUUAAUGUUGUUAAGUGUGCAGAAUGACUCAAGGCCUUGUCUUCGCUUUGUUCUGCUGCAGAAAUUUGACCUCACUCUUUGUUCGUGUCACGAAAAGCCUUUGUUCUGUUAAAAAAAGGCACACUUUGAGUUUAAGAGAAUGUAUCUUUGGUUUAAUUGCAUUUCGUAUUUUAUUCUUUUAAGUUUUUUUUUUUGCUGUAGGAGAGGAUUACAAAGCUCCUGUCAUCAGCUGCAAUAGAGAUGUUCCAAAAAGUAACUUCAAACAUGUUUAUUCUGUUAUUGAAACUGUUGAAGUUUUGUUUCUUGUUUAUAAAAUGUUUUUUCUGAUAAUUUUCAAACUGUGAAUAAACACUAG